AUGCAAAAAGCUAUUAACACAGGGGAUUAAGAUUAUAACAUCGUUAAGGCUGACAACCAUCAUGAUUCUGAUGAGGAAUUAUAAGGGAGGCAGGAGAAGAGUUCAAAGUUAGUUAUUGAGGACGAUGAAGAAUUGAAAGAGGUUCCCCAAAAUCAAUCGAACAAUACUAAUAUCAAACAAGAAGUCUAAUCAUAAAAAUAAGUUCAAAAGUAAUAAGAAAUCUAAUAGUCAACUAAUGAAUAACCAAAAAAGGUUGUAGCUUAAGUUUACCCGAAAUUCAUUAAUUUUGAUUAUUAAGACAUUAAUAUUAAAUUCAAGCCAGAAUGGAAAGAUAAAAGGAAAAUCCCUGAACCCAAUAAAAUUGAAAAGAAAUCCAUGAUAGAAAUUAAAGAGCCUAUUUUAUACACUUUGAAUAAGCAAAAAACAAAGCAUGGAAGAUCAAUUUUCACUUCUUUAUUUUCUACAGAUUAUAGAUACAUCUACCUCACUGAUGGAUACAUGUACAUUUUGCAAUUGAAGAAUGAAAAGAUGUUCGUAAAGAGUGUGAACUCUUUGUAGAGAUUAUUUAAAAUAAUUCUUAAGGGAGAUUAAAUUUAAUUAUGCUUUAUCAAUGCCAACCUAGAUAAAACUAAACCACCUAAUAUAAAAUCAUAUGAAUUCUUAAAGGGUAAAGAGUAAAAAGAGAAACUCUUGAUGAGGAUGAGAGGAGAGAUUAAUAAAUUAGGGUAUGAUUUUGAUUUAAUGAAAUGAAUUUUAUUGAUAAAUUUAUUUAAUUAAUUAUAAUCGUUAUUUUUU